GCCCUCGGCGGGGGGCUCUGCAGAUCCUCACGAUGGCACCCAGGAGGAACGCGCAGUGCUGGCGCCUACUGUGGCCGCUGCUCUCCGUCUCCGCGCUCCUGUCCACUCUCACCCGGACACGCGCCUCGGCAGAGCUGCCCUCCCAGGGCCACCUGGACCUCACAGAGCUCAUUGGUGUCCCACUCCCCUCCGCUGUGUCCUUUGUCACUGGCUAUGGUGGUUUCCCAGCCUACAGCUUUGGGCCUGGUGCCAAUGUGGGUCGUCCAGCCAGGACCCUCAUCCCACCCACCUUCUUCAGGGACUUUGCCAUCAGCGCGGCGGUGAAGCCCAGCAGUGCCCAAGGCGGUGUGCUCUUUGCCAUCACUGAUGCCUUCCAGAAGGUCAUCUACCUGGGCCUGAGGCUCUCAGGUGUGGAAGACGGCCGCCAGCGGAUCAUCCUGUACUACACAGAGCCUGGCUCCCACGUGUCUCAGGAGGCGGCUGCGUUCUCGGUGCCCGUGAUGACCAGCAAGUGGAACCGCUUUUCCCUGAUUGUCCAGGACGAGGAAGUGACCCUCCUCAUGGACUGUGAAGAGCACAGUCAUGUGCUUUUCCAGCGGUCCUCUCAGUCUCUGACUUUCGAGCCCAGUGCAGGGGUCUUUGUGGGCAAUGCAGGGGCCACGGGACUGGAAAGAUUCACUGGCUCCAUACAACAGCUCAUCAUCUACACUGACCCCAGGACACCUGAGGAGCUGUGUGAAGCCCAUGAGUCAUCGGCAUCAGGAGAGGCCAGUGGAUCUCAGGAGAUGGACACAGUGGCUGAGAUCCUAGAGGCCAUCACCUACACUCAAGCUCCGCCUGAAGAAGCAAAUGUUGAACCCCUAAACAUACCUCCAACUUCCUCUCCCUUUGAGGACACGGAGCUUUCUGGUGAACCCAUGCCAGAGGGGACCCCAGAAACCAACAUGAGCAUCAUCACUCCACACAGCAUCCCUGAGCAAGGGUCUGGGGAGAUCCUGAAUGACACACUAGAGGGGGUUCACCCUGUGGAUGGUGACCCUAUUCCUGACAUGGGCUCAGGGAGUGGGGCCUUCCUUGAUGCCACUGAGGAGCAGGGAUCAACAGCCACUACAGAAAAGGAAGCUAUGGUAUCUGUCACCAAUGCCCAAGCAGCAGAGGUUAGCAAUGUGUCCACUGGGAUCCUGGCCAUGUCCACCCAGAACCCAGGAGAAGUGGCCAGUCCAGUUCCAGAGAGUGAAGAAGGUGUAGCAACAACAGCAGCAGCAGGUGGGACCGAGGCAUCCAUCAGCACUGCAGGGGAAGCAGAGGCUGGCAGCAUGCCUACUAGAGGGCUGGCUCUGUCCAUGAUCACCCCGAGCCCUGAGGAACAGACCACUCUGGUUCCAGGUGGUGAGGUAGGUUUAACAACAGCUGCAACCUCACCAAAAGUACCACUCAGCACCGUGGAGGAAGAAGAAGCUAGUGGGGACCCCACGGAUGGCCCGACUGCCUUCACACUCCCACCCACCCCUGGACAAACAUUCACCUCUGCACCUGUUGAUGGAGACAUGGCCACAGCUUCCACAGAGAAGACUGAGGAGGAGGGGUCAGGUGGCAUGUCCCCCCCUGGGCCACUGCUCCCCACUCCCACGGUGGCUCCUGAGAGACAAGUCACUAUGGUGCCAGGCUUGGGUUCUGAGGGCUCGGGCCUGGGCUGGGGACUGGACGCUGGCUCAGGCUCCGGGGACCUGGUGGGCAGUGAGGACCUGUUAAGGGGUCCUCCUGGUCCCCCAGGCCCACCUGGCUCACCGGGGAUUCCAGGAAAACCAGGAACAGAUGUUGUCAUGGGCCCUCCUGGUUCUCCUGGGGAGGAUGGAGCUGCUGGUGAACCUGGGCCCCCGGGCCCUAAGGGACAGCCUGGACCUGACGGAGACUCCGGCAAGCCUGGGAUGAAAGGAGAGAAGGGUGCAAGAGGGCCAAAUGGCUCAGUUGGUGAAAAGGGUGACCCUGGAAGCCGAGGUUUACCAGGACCUCCAGGGAAAAAUGGACAAGCUGGCACUCCUGGAGUCAUGGGACCUCCAGGACCUCCUGGACCCCCUGGUCCCCCCGGCCCUGGAUGUACAACAGGACUUGAGGAUAUUGAAGGCUCAGGAAGUAUCAGGCUACUGAAUGAACCCAGACUCUUUGGGCCAACAGCCUCAAGUGGUCUCAAAGGAGAGAAAGGAGAUCAGGGACCCAAGGGUGAAAGGGGGAUGGAUGGAACCAGCACAGUUGGACCUCCUGGGCCCCGGGGCCCGCCUGGGAGCAUCGAGGUACUGCACAGUUCUCUGAUCAAUAUCACCAAUGGAUCCAUGAACUUCUCGGACAUUCCUGAGCUCAUGGGGCCUCCGGGACCUGAUGGUUUGCCUGGGCUGCCAGGAUUUCCUGGCCCUAGAGGACCAAAAGGUGAUACUGGCGUGCCUGGAUUUCCAGGACUGAAAGGAGAACAGGGCGAGAAGGGGGAGCCUGGUGCUAUCUUGACCGGGGACAUUCCUUUGGAAAGAGUGAAGGGGCAAAAGGGUGAACCUGGAAUGCAUGGAGCCCCGGGACAAAUGGGUCCCAAAGGACCACCAGGACACAAAGGAGAAUUUGGCCUUCCGGGAAGACCCGGCCGCCCAGGACUGAAUGGCCUCAAAGGUGCUAAAGGAGAUAGUGGAGUCAUCAGACCUGGCCCACCGGGUCCCCCUGGCCCUCCAGGCCCCCCUGGACCUCCUGGAGCAGUGGUUAACAUCAAAGGUGCUGUUUUCCCAGUACCUGCCCGGCCGCACUGCAAAACACCUGUGGAUGCCACUCAUCCUGGGGACCCAGAGCUCGUCACCUUCCAUGGUGUUAAAGGAGAAAAAGGAUCCUGGGGCAUUCCUGGCUCAAAGGGAGAGAAAGGAGACCAAGGAGCCCAAGGACCUCCAGGUCCUCCAGUGGAUCCAACUUACUUGAGACAUUUUCUGAACAGCAUGAGGGAGGAGAAUGGAGACAGGGGGAUCAGAGGAGAUCCUAAUGGCAACUUCUUUGUAUCUGGGCCUCCAGGCCUGCCAGGAAACCCAGGUUUGAUUGGUCAGAAAGGAGAGGCUGUUGUUGGGCCCCAAGGACCCCCAGGGACUCCUGGCCUUCCCGGACCACCUGGCUUUGGAAGACCUGGUGCCCCUGGGCCACCUGGACCUCCUGGGCCACCAGGACCUCCAGCUAUCCUGGGCUCAGCUGUGGCCCUUCCAGGCCCACCCGGCCCUCCAGGAGAACCAGGGCUUCCUGGACCCAGAAACUUGAUCUCAGCAUUUGCCAACAUGGAUGAUAUGCUACAGACAGCACAUCUGGUCAUAGAAGGAACAUUCAUCUACCUGAGGGACAGCUCUGAGGUUUUUGUUCGUGUCCGAGAUGGUUGGAAAAAGUUACAGCUAGGAGAGCUGAUCCGGGUUCCUGUCAAUAGCCUCCCACCACCUGCACUUUCCAGCAGUCCAUAUCACCCCCCGCCUCCUGUGAGCCCUAUAAGUGGCAAUUAUGAGAGACCUGCUCUGCACCUGGUUGCUCUGAACAUGCCAUAUUCUGGGGAUAUCCGAGCUGAUUUUCUGUGCUUCAAGCAGGCCAGGGCUGCAGGACUGAUGUCUACCUUCCGAGCAUUUUUAUCUUCCCAUUUGCAAGAUCUGUCCACAGUGGUGAGGAAGGCAGAGAGAUACAGCCUUCCAAUAGUGAACCUCAAGGGCCAAGUACUUUUUAACAAUUGGGACUCCAUUUUUUCUGGCAAUGGAGGUCAGUUCAAUACACACAUUCCAAUAUACUCCUUUGAUGGCCGAGAUGUGAUGACAGAUCCUUCUUGGCCCCAGAAGGUGGUUUGGCAUGGCUCCAACACACACGGUGUCCGUCUUGAGGAUAAAUACUGUGAAGCAUGGCGAACUGCAGACAUGGCAGUCACAGGACUGGCCUCAUCACUAAGCUCGGGGAAGAUUCUGGACCAGAGGGCAUACAGCUGUGCUAAUAAGCUAAUCGUUCUGUGUAUCGAAAACAGUUUGAUGACUGACGCUAGGAAGUAACAACCUUCCAAUAAGUCUUAAAAAAAAAAAGUUUUCCAUUUUUUUCUUAUGUGAAGAGUUGACACUGAAAUCUAAAAUGUUGUUUAAAUGUUGUAAAUAUUACAGUAUUUUUUAAAAAAAUUACUCAUUCAUCAUAAAAGCAACCAAAGAAAACAUACCUCAGUACACUCAAAAUGAAAGAUAUAAAGGACUCAGAUCAAAGGCAUAUCUGAUCUACAUAUUGGUGCUAGAUUCUCCAGGAAGCUGGUGCUGGCUGAACACAUCCCAACACAGGUGAAAGCUAUGGUCAAAACAGAAAAUAUCACCUUUCUUAUUGCAUCACUUCAAAAAGUGAUUCCCCCUUCUAACCAUGGCUGUUGAGUGUAAGAUGUCCUUCAUGUUUUCUUACAGUGAAUGUUUAGAGACAUUAUCCCUUUUCUUUUCUUUUUUUUUUCUGGUCCUGGGGCUAAAACUCAGGGUCUGAGCAGUUGUUUUUUAUUUG